AUGUCCACAACGAAAAAAAUUUACAUUUGUCCAAAUUGUAAAGUCGACAGUAUUAAAAAGCAAUUUACUUGGAAGGGCGUUUUAUAUGGUAUUCUGUGCUUCCCUUGUGGACUUUAUUGCUGCUUAAAGAGUUAUCGACAACAGUACUGUCCACUCUGUGAAUUACCUUUAUCGUCAUCAGCACCGCUCAAACAAUAUCGUUUCUAUAAGUCAACUCAAGUCAAUUCCAAAGCUACAGAAUCUACAACUGCCACUUCAGAAGGCAAAAAUCCUAGUCUUGAAUAG